AUGCCGUCCGAAAAGUACCACGACGCCCAGUCGGGCUAUGUGAAUGACGACCUCGCGCAUGCCGUCCAGGACGUUGUGCAGAUCUCUCGCAACGGCUCGAGCCAGGCCCUGCCGUCCCGGUCCAGGCCAGCAGUCGAGCAGAACCCGUUCGAGGGCGGCGAGCUGGAGGCGUCGGGCCAGGUGCCGUCGUCUCGCCCGAAGUUUAAGAAAAGGUGUAUCGCUAUGAUGGGGUCGCGUGGCUCAGCGCGCAGUGGUCGAAGGGUGGAUGCCAAGAGUUCUCCCGCCUCGCCUCAUGUAUGGUGA